AUGCUAUGUGUCAGAACCCUGCUACUAGAGCCUGGAUGUGGCUCUGAGUUUCAGGGUCACUGACAUUGAUAAGACACCUGCGUCCCAGGACUCGGAGGAGAAACGGCUGAUGGACUUGGCGGGGAAUUUGCGCGGGGUUUUACUGAGCGGGAAGAGACUGUUCAAACGAGGGGGAGGGUAUAUAAAGGAGGGUUGGCCGGAGCCUCCCAUUCUUGGCUUUUCUGAUGUUCAUGUUUCCUACAGUAAAAGUUCCUGGUGAUACCACAAAGAGUCUCGUGUGUUCAUUCAGGAGCGGCUGUGGUGAGCUGACACUAAGCCAAGAAUACGGACACCAUCCCGCUGUAGCGGUGAGGUGUAACAUGCAAGUGGAGGAUGAAGAGCUCUUGGGCGCCGGAGGAGGAAGGUCGGAAAGGGCCACUCCCGAGACGGACGCUGAGUUCCACCAGCUGGCGGCCCUGGCGUCAUCCACCGCUUAUGCCCAGCCAAAUGGGGUAACCCAGAGGCGCGGAGUGGUGCGGGGAGAUAGCACCGGAGGAGAGGAAGGUUCACCUUCCCCAGGCCCGCAAAAGAUGGUGUUUCUGGAGGAGAGGAUGUCGGCGAUGGAGACCACCCUGGCAGUGAUGUCGAGGGCGAUGGAGCGCCUGGCGGUUUUGGCGGAGCCGGAGCGAGGAAGGGAACUCCGGGCUAGCUCAAUGUGGGACGUGAGCAUGGGAAGCAGCCAGGGCUUUGCAGACCUCCCAGCACCGAAGGGAAGGGAAAUGCGAAAGGAGCCCGGUGCCCGGCCCAAGAUCCAAACGAGCCUGACGCGGGUGGAGGAGAGUGACGACGAAGGGGAAAAGCCUCCGAGAAUCCCGGCUACGCUCCCAACUGAGACCCUGGUGCCCCUGGCGAAUGCCGGGCGUGGCACAGGACAAAGGGAAGCAGCAGCGGGGCCCACUGGCCCGCAAGGGGGCUUGCGACGGGCGGAGGAUUGGGGAUUGCCACCACAGGGACCCCUACCGAGACGAGAGGAACUAAGGAUCGAGUUUGGGGGAGAGUCCUCUGAACUGGAUUUUUUCCUGACCACGGUGAGGGGCUAUAUGGAGGACAAUGCCCACACCUUUAGAACGGAAUCCAGCCGGGUACGGGCCAUUGGUGCAGUGUUGAAGAGGGGAGCGGCCAGCUGGUACGUUCAACUACACGCGCGGCGCGACCCAUGUCUGGGGUCACUCCGACGCUUUAUGGGGGCCCUGGAGACCCGUUUCCGAGAUCCACUGGAGCAGAUCCGGGCGAGGGAGGAGUUGAAGACCGUCUCCCAGGGGCAGAGGUCGGUAUCUGAGUAUGCGGAGGAGUUCCAAUGCCUCGCUGAAAAGGUGCCGGAAUGGUCUGCAGUGACAAAGAUAGAACUCUUCAAAGAGGGGCUCAGGCGGGAGAUCCUCUCCUGGGCGGUGCAUCGCGAUGAGCCUGACACACUACGCGGAUGGAUUCAGCUGGCGGGGCGCAUCGAGACAUCGCUGGCCCAGGCGAGGAGGCACCGAGGAGGGCUACAGCAGCGGCCGCAGAUGAAAGAGGGGAGCCGGAAGGAGGGAUCAACCCCAGCCGGGAGGAGAACGGAGCCGACAGGGAACGUGAGCACCAGCAGGAGGGGCUGCUUCGUGUGCGGCCGUUUGGGCCACAGGGCUGCCGAGUGCUGGCAGAGAAAAGGGGAAGGCGGAGGCCCGCCCAAACCAAGAGCCGUGGCAGGGAAACGCGCCGAGGAAGAACCACCGAUGAGGCACCACUCGGGGGGGUUGGACGAAGGGGAGGAGGACGCCAUGUCAGAACCCUGCUACUAGAGCCUGGAUGUGGCUCUGAGUUUCAGGGUCACUGACAUUGAUAAGACACCUGCGUCCCAGGACUCGGAGGAGAAACGGCUGAUGGACUUGGCGGGGAAUUUGCGCGGGGUUUUACUGAGCGGGAAGAGACUGUUCAAACGAGGGGGAGGGUAUAUAAAGGAGGGUUGGCCGGAGCCUCCCAUUCUUGGCUUUUCUGAUGUUCAUGUUUCCUACAGUAAAAGUUCCUGGUGAUACCACAAA